AUGAUGCUGUUUCAGUGGCGGUGCCCCCUUCCCCUGCCCUCCCCGCCGCCUUCAUCUGGGCCCCGCGCCGGGAGGAGGGUUGGGCGGGGUUUCAGCCCCUCCGCCCCCGCAGGCUCCCACUCCCUGAGAUAUUUCUACACCCGCGUGUCCCGCCCCGGCCGCGGGGAGCCCCGCUUCAUAGCCUUUGGCUAUAUGGACGACACGCAGUUCCUGCGGUUCGACAGCGACUUUGCCAGUCUGAGGAUGGAGCCGCGGGCGCCGUGGGUGGAGCAGGAGGGGCCGGAGUUUUGGGACCAGGAGACCGGGAACCUCAAGGACGCCGCACAGACUUACCGACUGAGCCUGAACAACCUGCGAGGCUACUACAACCAGAGCGAGGCCGAGUCUCCCACCAUCCAGAGCAUGUAUGGCUGUGACGUGGGGCCCGACGGGCAACUCCUCCGCAGGUACAGUCAGGACGCCUACGACGGCGCGGAUUACCUCGCCCUGAACGAGGACCUGCGCUCCUGGACCACAGCGGACAGGGAAGCACAGGUCACCCACCGCGACCACCUCAAGUGGGAGGCGGCCUGUGAGGCAGAUCAUGAAAGGAACUACCUGGAGGUCACGUGCGUGGAGUGGCUCCGCAGGUACCUGGAGAACGGGAAGGAGACGCUGCUUCGCCCAGAACCCCCCAACACACACGUGACCUGCCAUCCCAUCUCUGACCAUUACUUCACCUUGAGGUUCUGGGCUCUAGCCUUCUACCCUGCAGUGAUUACCCUGACCUGGAAGUGCAAGGGGGAGGACCUGACCCAGGACACAGAACUUGUGGAGACCAGGCCUACAGAAGAUGGAACCUUCCAGAAGUGGGAAGCUAUGGUGGUACCUUCUGGAGCAGAGCAGAGAUACACAUGCUAUGUGCUGCUGCCCGAACCCAUCAUCUUGAGAUGGGGUAAGGAGGGUUUGGGGUAGAGGCUCUUCUCAGGGAAAGCAGAAGGCUUUCUGGAGAA